UGCGACGCCGGAGCGCAGCGCGGGCUCCCACUCGCCAUGAGCCACCUCUUCAGUCCCCGGCUGCCUGCUCUGGCCGCCUCUCCCAUGCUCUAUCUGUACGGCCCCGAGAGACCCGGGCUGCCUCUGGCCUUCGCCCCCGCGGCCGCUCUGGCGGCCUCGGGCCGGGUGGAGCCCCCCCAGAAGCCGCCCUACAGCUACAUCGCGCUCAUAGCCAUGGCGAUCCAGGAUGCGCCUGAGCAGAGGGUCACGCUCAACGGCAUCUACCAGUUCAUCAUGGACCGCUUCCCUUUCUACCAGGAUAACCGACAGGGCUGGCAGAACAGCAUCCGCCACAACCUCUCGCUCAACGACUGCUUCGUCAAGGUGCCCCGCGAGAAAGGACGGCCCGGCAAGGGCAGCUACUGGACGCUGGACCCUCGCUGCCUGGAUAUGUUCGAGAAUGGCAACUACCGGCGCCGGAAGAGGAAGCCCAAGCCGGGUCCCGGAGCCCCGGAGGCCAAGCGGGCCCGCGCCGAGCUGCAGGAGCGCGGCGCAGAAGCGCAGCCGGAGGUGGGGAGAGGGGGAGCGCGCCCCCGCCCCGCGACCCCCAUCCACGAGGGAGCGCCUGCGCGCCCCUCGCCCCUCCGGGAAGGCUCCUCUCCUCCGGCGUCCCUCCACUGGCCCAGGCCCGCGUCGCCCUCUGGGGACGCAGGCGACGCGCUCCAGGGCGCAGCGGCCGUGGCCGCCAGCCAGCCCGCGCGCACGGUGGAUGGCUCGCGGUCCCCUCCGCGCCCCGCCUCCCGCAGUUCUCCGAAGAGCUCGGACAAGUCCAAGAGCUUCAGCAUAGACAGCAUCCUGGCGGGACGGCAGGGGCAAAAGCCGGCUGGAGGGGGCGAGCUCCUGGGGGGCGCCAAGCAGGGGCCCGGCGGCUGUCUGGGCGCCUCGCUUCUGGCCACCUCCUCCGGCCUCCGUCCACCUUUCAACGCUUCCCUGAUGCUCGACCCGCACGUCCAGGGCGGCUUUUACCAGCUCGGGAUCCCUUUCCUCUCCUAUUUCCCUCUGCAGCUCCCCGACACGGUGCUUCAUUUCCAGUAAAGCAAACAGUGCCUGAUCUUUCCCCUGCCCUGGUCUGAGCUUCUUGUGAGCAACCAGG